UAGGUACUGUACCGGGCUACAUUAGAGGAAGAUGUCAGUUUGAGUGUGCACAGAUGAUGGAGAUGAAGCGUCUGCCUCGUUUGCAGACGGUGACAUUUACAUCGAGUCCCGCCCACAAGGCGUGGAAAUGUGUCUCCUUUCCAAAAGUAUUUGACUGAAGAGAGAGAGGGAGGGAGACUGAGAGCAUCAUCGAUGGCCCAGUCACAGGGGGAGCUGACACAGUGGUUUAUACAGCAGAGCUGUGAGAGUGAUUGACCCCCUCAACACUUCUCCAUUAGGGUGCCACGAUAACGCAGCUAUGCCACCCCCAGCUGACAUUGUGAAGGUGGCCAUUGAAUGGCCGGGUGCUAACGCUCAGCUCAUAGAGAUGGACCAGAAAAGACCCUUGUCCUCAAUAAUACGGGAAGUAUGUGAUGGCUGGUCCUUGUCAGGCUCAGAGCAGUUUGCUCUACGUUAUGCUGAUGGUCCUCAGCUUUAUAUCACUGAGCAGAGCCGCGGUGAAAUCAAAAAUGGGACCAUCCUUCGAUUAGCCAUUUCACCUGCUCGUGCUGCUCGUCAGCUCUUGGAGAGGAUCCAGUCCCACGGUAUCGACGCUCGCCUUGAGGCUCUAAAAGAGCUCGCCAAGCUGUCUGCGGACCCAACUUUUGCCACAGAGUUCAUCAAUAUGGAAGGCAUUGGGACACUGGCACGUCUUGUAGAGAGUGGCACUCACUUUGGUGAAAUGUUAGCCUUCACGCUCACUGCCUUCCUGGAGCUAAUGGAUCAUGGCAUUGUGUCCUGGGACCUUAUCUCACUCUCCUUCAUCAAACAGAUUGCAGGCUAUGUGAACCAGCCAAUGGUGGAUGUGUCCAUCCUGCAGCGUUCUCUUGCCAUCCUGGAGAGCAUGGUCCUCAACAGCCACAGCCUCUACCAUAGGGUGGCCCAGGAAAUCACCGUGGGACAGCUCAUCGGGCACCUGCAAGUGUCAAACCAGGAGAUCCAGACCUAUGCCAUCGCCCUCAUCAAUGCUCUCUUCCUGAAGGCACCAGAGGACAGACGACAGGAGGAAUAUACUAACCCACUGGAGCAGCACCUCACUGAAAUGGCAAGCACUUUGGCCCAGAAACACCUGCGAUCCAUCAUCCUCAAUCACGUUAUAAGAGGAAAUCGACCAAUCAAAGCAGAAAUGGCACAUCAGCUGUAUGUCCUGCAGGUGUUGACCUUUAACCUUUUAGAAGAACGAAUGAUGACCAAAAUGGAUCCUAAUGACCAGGCCCAGAGAGAUAUUAUUUUUGAGCUGCGUAGGAUCGCCUUCGAUGGAGAAAAUGACCCCACUGGCACAGAGAAGAGAAAGGCGAUGUACACCAAGGACUACAAGAUGCUAGGUUUCACUAACCAUGUGAACCCGGCCAUGGAUUUCACCCAGACUCCUCCGGGGAUGCUGGCUCUGGACAACAUGCUGUACCUGGCUAAAGUUCACCAGGACACAUACAUCAGGAUUGUCCUGGAGAACAGCAGCCGAGAGGACAAGCACGAAUGUCCCUUUGGCCGGUGUGCCAUCGAACUCACUCGAAUGUUGUGCGAGAUUCUCCAGGUUGGAGAGUUGCCUAACGAGGGCUGCAAUGACUACCACCCCAUGUUCUUUACCCAUGACCGGGCAUGGGAGGAGUUCUUCUGUGUCUGUAUCCAGCUGCUUAAUAAAACCUGGAAGGAGAUGAGAGCCACAGCUGAGGACUUCAACAAGGUGAUGCAGGUGGUUCGUGAGCAGAUCACCAGGGCCCUGGCGAUGAAACCGUCAUCUUUAGACCAGCUGAAGAACAAACUGCGAGGCCUCAACUAUUCAGAGAUCCUGCGUCUGCGGCAGUCGGAGAGAAUGAGCCAGGACGACUUCCAGUCUCCACCUAUCAUUGAGCUGCGGGAGAGAAUUCAGCCUGAGAUCUUAGAACUCAUCAAGCAACAGCGGCUCAACCGGCUGUGCGAGGGGAGCUGCUUUCGUAAGCUGGGGAACCGCCGACGGCAAGAGAAGUUUUGGUUCUGCAGACUCUCACUGAAUCACAAAGUGCUGCACUAUGGGGACCUUGAUGAGUCUCCUCAGGGUGAAGUGCCUUUUGAACUCCUCAGUGAUAAGAUCCCCGUAUCAGAUAUUAAGUCUGUGGUAACCGGGAAGGACUGCCCUCAUAUGAAAGAAAAAAGUGCUCUGAAACAAAACAAGGAGGUGCUGGAGUUAGCCUUCUCUGUCCUCUACGAUCCCGAUGAGACGCUCAAUUUUGUUGCACCCAACAAAUAUGAGUACUGCAUCUGGACUGAUGGGCUGUGCGCGCUGCUGGGCAGAGAGAUGGGCAGUGACCUGACGCGCAGUGACCUAGAUACUCUCAUCAGCAUGGAGAUGAAGCUCCGCCUCCUCGACCUUGAGAACAUCACAAUCCCAGAGGCCCCACCCCCCGUGCCGAAGGAGCCUAGCUCGUAUAACUUCACCUACAACUACAGCUGAGAUGUGUGCGAGCGUGUGCGUGUGUCUGUGAGUGUGCGUUUGCAUUGCAUGUGUGUGUUUAUCAAGGAUGACUAUACUCGAUCUUUUGAUGAAUUUGGCUGAAAAUGUGUGCACUCCUGGAGCCUGGUAGAGAUUCAGUAAUUGAAUCUCAUUUAUCAGUGCAGUCUCCAGGCAACUUCUUGAUUUGUAUUCUCUAUUCUUUACUACUUGCCUGUAAAGUUAAAAAAAUACAGUGCCUGAUGGUGAAUCUAGAUAAAAAGCUGUACAAAUCUGCAAAUUAGACAUUAUUGGAGCAAAUUUUAGUCAAUUUGAGGCUGAAUUUAUCAGUGAAGACGUGUGUGUGGUCAUGGUAACAAACAAUGAAGUAGCCACCAUUUCAGUUUAAAUGCUGCGUUCACUUUGAUCCUCUCUGCCCCUACACAUGAAGGACAUACGCAGAAAUUUCACACAGAGAGUGAGUUUAUACACUCAGGAUCAUGAAUCGAGAUUCAGUCUGUGUUUUGCUCAAGGUCACUUCAGAAGGAGGAAUAGCUGAUGUCACAGGGCAUCGAACAUGAUGUUUCUGGUUAAAUGACCGUGUCCCUAAUUAGUUCAAUAUCCUGUUUCCCAUAUACUCACAUUAAUAUUAAGAUAUCUGAUGAUGUUGAGUAUCUAACUGCUCAACAAAAUUGUAGUACUGGAAUUCAAUGAUAAAGAGGACUAAAAAUGUAACAUUUAAGGUGUAGGUUUCUCACAGUUUGUUGGCCACUGUCAUCAUGUCUAUAAUACAGACAGAACAGUAUAGAGCUACAACUGAUGAUUAUUUUUGUGAUACAUUAAUCUACAGAAUAAAUGAAUGAUACAUUAAUCUACAGAAUAAAUGAAUGAUACAUUAAUCUACAGAUUGAUGUAUCCCUUUCUCUAUUAUUUGAUUAAUCUUUUGAAUCAGAUAGUAAUCUAAAAAAUAGAUUGUUAAUUAUCUAAAAUAAUAGCUUGAGCCUAUAAAAUGGUGAAAAAUCCCAAUCACAUUUACCCAGAGCUCAAGUUAAUGUAUUUAAAUUGCAUGUUUUAUUGCAAAACCCAAAGAUAUGCAGUGCGCUGUUGUGAUUUUUGGCAUUUUUUGCUUCAGUAAUGACACAAACAAAGUGCUUGUCAGCAUUUUUUGCCAGUUAAUUUUCUGUCGAUCAAUUGGUCACUUAAUAGACUGCUUUAUAUACACUAUAUACUGUAUAUUAUGGCUUCUGUUUACUCAGCAUUCAUGCUGCUUCACAUUGUUUCUCACUUCUCUGCUCACACUAAUUCAUUUCACAGCCUGUUAGUGAGUGAGUAAAUAUAUCCCAUUGAAUUGAAACUGUUUUAAGUAUGUGAUGUGUGCAAAGUCUUGAGGGUGCUCUCCCUACCAUAUGUGUCUGUGAGUGUGUAUCUGUGUGUGUUUUUGUGUGAAGAUUGUGAGACUAAGUGAGUGUUGUUUAUGUUAAGAGAUGUAAGGAAUAAACUUAAUGUUCCAUGUUGGAAGUCAGAGUCAAAGCUCUGAUAUCUAACACAUCAAAAAUCAUGAGAGAUUUGACCCUUUUUUGUUGAAUUACAGUCACUGCAUUGCCUUAUCAGUCAUACACUCAUUAUAUAUUUUGGGUAUCAUGAGUAUUUAUGAGCAGUAUAAUGAAGUAUAAUGCAAUAUAAUGUGGUUGUAACAGAUAUAAGGACAGAUAAUGAAAACUUGAUGUACUGUGUAUCUUCAGCAGUUAACAGUUUAUUAUAUAUUGGCUUUUAACAAAUUGUGUCUUCUGUACAUGGACAUGUGCAUGUUCUGUAUACAUGUGCAUAUUUGAAAGUACUUUAUAUAAAUAAUUAUAUAUGCAUUCAUUCAUGGUUUGCUUUAUGUCUGCUACAACUAUAUUAUAGUGUGUUUUAAACCAUUUAUAAACUGUUUACAUACUGGUUAGAUAUGCUAAAUAGGGUUUGGGUUCAAGUGUUACCAUAUUUGGAAAGAUAAUAGCAACAAGUUAUGAUGCUAUUUUUCUUUGGUACAGUGGUUUUGUUUAAAGCAAACUUACUUUCACAUUCCAAGAGUGUUUGACGCCUCUGGUGUUUGAAUUAAUCAGCAGUUUUGAGGGUUGAUUUCAGACUUUUUAUCGCAGUGUGCACAAGGCAGAGCAGAGCUGAAAGGGACAAGACAGCAACUCUGUUGGCCUCUUUUAGUUUAGGUGCCAGAAGCACAACCCUCAAAUGAACGGAAGCAGGUCAAAGACAUCUGAGUGACAUGGCCGCUGGCAUCGGGAAGUAUAGUACUGCUCACGUGAGCAUACAGUGUUGUGUGCUUUGUGUACAUUGGUAUAAAUGACAGUACUAUUGCUUGAUGUCAUUUUUUUUAUUCCCAGAGUGUUAUUGGUUCUAAACAUUUUGUGUAUUUAAUUCAUGUCACCUAAUGUCCUGUCAACUUGUAAUCUGGUAUUAAACACUGCUGUCAUUUGUUAAUGCAGAAUAGAUUUAUAUUUUUGUAAAUGAUUGUACAAUCUGAUCAGCUGUGAAGAGAAUGGGUAUUGAACAUAACAGUUUCACUUUGGAUCACUCUGUACAGUACAUUCGACACGCUUGUUACUGUAGAAGGACGUUUCACACUGGAAAUAAAUGUUUUCACAUUUUUUAAAGUAUCAGUCACAUGUACCCACCACAUGCACCUCAUAUCAUUUAGGAAUGACACCCACGCCAGCACCUAAUGAUGAUGUCAGUGUUAAUGUUAUGAUAAAAAUUGCCCUUACUGUUAAUGCUCUUUGUGAAAAGGAAUAUAUUUGAGAUUUGUUUUUUGAAAUAAUGUUUUUCUGUUCAAUUUUUAACUGAUGUUGAAGGUUUUAACUGCUUAAAAAGAUUACUUUAUAUUCCAGUAAGUCACUGAACACUUAAUCUGCUCUCAGAAAACGACUGCAACUAAAAUAUAUCAGUAACCACAAAAUACAGCAGUGAGUAAAGGAUUGUUGCAUUGGAUGUACUAACAGUAUGACUUGAAGUUUUCGCAUCUUGUACUCUUUUACAUGACUUGCUAAACUAUUUAUUUACACUUGCUAGUGAUAGUAGAAGAAUGACAUGUUGUUAGCUGAGAGAUAACAACAUAAACUAUGGUAUACAUAUAGAUCAUUGUAUGUAUAUACAGUAUUGUGUUGCCUUAUUGAAGGAGAUGUAUUAUGUUUUGUGUGAAUAAAUACAAAGUCUAA